GCCGGCCCGAGAACCAUCGAGGAACCAGGAGAAACGAAUUUGGCGCGGUUCGGUCGUGUUUUCGCGAUUGAACGACCUGUGGCGGGGAGAGGGUUGAAAGACCCAACGUGCGCCUUCGAGGGACUUCCCGGCCACGUUCAAUUUUUCGUUUAAAAGCGGACGCCGUUUCGCGAUUCACGUACAGUUACACAUUUAAUAUGAGCUGCUACAGUACUGCUAAUCAUGGGAUCAUACAUGUCGCUCGUAUCCGCAAUCUGUGCGUUAAUCUUGCUUGCAUCGUUCGGGAUUAUUGUUCUUGGCCUACCAAUUAACUGGGAAAUAUGUUACAAUAACGCAGAUUCUUUCAAAAUCAUUACCAGGGAAGAAUGGAAAGCCAGGCCACCUGUCGAACGUGAGGUAAUGUCGACACCGACGGCUUACGUCGUAAUACAUCACGGAGGAAUCCCUCAGUAUUGCCACGACCAACAGUCAUGCUCCGCAAUCGUAAGGAGCUACCAAAAUCUCCACAUUGACGAUCGCGGCUGGUUCGAUAUCGGCUACAGUUUCGUUAUUGGCGAGGAUGGAAACGCGUACGAGGGUCGCGGAUGGGAUUACGUCGGAGCUCAUGCACCUGGAUACAAUACUCAGAGUAUUGGGAUAUGUGUGAUCGGUGAUUUCAGCGAUUUCCUUCCUAAUGAGGCAGCGCUGCAGGCUCUGAACGGUCUGAUCGAGUACGGAGUAUCGCUGGGCAAAAUCAGCAAAACUUACCAGGUGAUAGGCCACCGUCAGGUGAGGAAUACUGUCUGCCCUGGCGAGGAAUUCUACAAAUACGUGCAGACAAACCCGAGAUGGACCGCGAAUCCUGUUCCGAUAUUUACGAACGCAACAGCGAAACCAGUCCCUGUUAUGAAUGAAACCAGCUUGAAUACAAUUAGAAAAACGAAAAAGAUGUACGGAUCAAUCAUUGUGUUCCUCUCGCUGGCGGUUCUGAAUGUUGUAUCUGGACCAAUUGGCACGACAGUUGAUCCUCCAAAUAUAAUAACGAGGGCACAAUGGGGCGCCAGAUCACCGAAACAACCAAUACCUAAUCUUAAAAUUAACCCUGCCCCGUACGUAGUAAUUCACCACUCUGAUACUAAUAACUGCCAGACGGAGGCGGUUUGUAAAGCUAGAGUGAAGAGUUUCCAGAACUAUCAUAUGGAUGCGAAUGAAUGGCGCGAUAUAGGUUACAACUUCCUAGUUGGAGAGGAUGGAAACGUGUAUGAAGGAAGAGGCUGGGGUAAACAUGGCGCCCAUUCACCGCCUUAUAAUUCUAGAAGCAUGGGAAUCUGUAUAAUUGGCAAUUUUACACUUUCCCAGCCGAAUGCGGCAGCGAUAACUACAGUCCAGAAAUUAAUAGAUUACGGAGUGUCCAUCGGAAAAAUACAGGGAAACUACACAUUGUACGGUCAUCGGCAAACUACGAGCACAAAAUGUCCUGGAGACAGCUUAUACAACCUGAUUCAAAGUUGGCCACAUUGGUCAUCAAAGAAAUAAACUUGUAUUGUGAUAAUAUUACAUUAUAUUAUAUUGUAUUAUUUUAUAUUAUAUCAUAUUAUUAAUUUAACUCUUGUAUCAUAUUAUAUAAUUGUAUCAAGUGUUCUCAAAUAAAUGUACAUCUUUCUUAAUUCUAUA